AUAACCCGAGGGGGAGGGAGCGCAGUUUCGCUUAGUCUUUUCGAUAGUGUGCAAGCCCCGUUACCCAGUUGGCUCUGCCCGCCAGAAUUUAGGCUGGGAAACGGCGUAGGCCCAUUUGCUCAUAGCUUCGAGACUGCCGCCGAGCGGCGGGACGAGUUCAUCAUACAAGCAUCGCAGCAACUGGACGGAUAUAUCCUGCAAGCUCCGCCGGAGCAAGACACUGCCACUGGAGCGCUCAGCCCGCGUCGCUAGUCAGG